UUUUUGUUUUAUUGGCUACCAGCUUCUAUUGUAAGAACACCCUGGAUACCCCCUCCUCCUGAAGGACAGUGAUGAGACAGAGACUGCUGAAGAAAGCCAUAAAUAUCACUGCUCAUGGAUACAUUUAUUACUGAAUGUUUCUUAUCAGGAAAACAGUCACCAGUGCCAAAGUGCCAUUGUGAGCCUGGAACAGAGGCAAGUUUGACACAGGAUUUGUCUUGUGAAAGGCUUAAAGGAUAAUGGAAAAGAGGAGGAUGAAAAUAAUUGCUGCUAUUGUGCUUAUGCUUGAGAUAUUCAACAGUUUUGCUCUUUCAGAUGGAAUUUUUUUGAUCUACAAUGUACAUAAGAAUAGAUGCCUGACAGACAACCUGCAAUGGUUAGAGAUGUGUAACCCUCUCAGCACAAAACAGCAGUUUCGCUGGACUUCUGAUGACCGAAUCUUGAACAUUGCCCAGAAGAAAUGCCUUGGCAUAGGGAGCAAGAACCAGGGGAAUAAACUGCAGUGGUACCUCUGUAAUGCUAAACAUGACUUCCAGAAGUGGGAAUGCACCAACAAUUUACAAUUUAAUGUGAAGAAUGAAUCACUGUACCUGUCCCUUCAGGGAGAGACUUAUUCUCUAACGCUGUCCAAAAAGCAGGAUGACAAGAGCCAGUGGACGAUACGUGGAACAACAGACAGCGUUUGCUCUCAACCAUAUGAAGAAUUAUAUACACUGGGUGGAAAUGGCUUGGGUCGCCCAUGUCAUUUUCCAUUCUUGUACAAAAAUAAAUGGUAUGCAGACUGUACAAGAGAGGACUCUGUCAAACGCCUGUGGUGUGCAAUUGAAAGUAGAUACGAUGAUAAUCAGCUCUGGGGUUAUUGCCCGACAAAUGAAAUAGAUGAUUUCUGGAGCAAGAACCCUCUCACGGGCAUGUAUUACCAGGCAAACAAAGAGUCUGCACUGACCUGGCAUCAGGCCAGAAAAAGCUGUCAGCAGCAGGGGGGAGAACUCUCGAGCAUAACUGAGCCCCAUGAUCAAACCUUCCUCUCAGGUUUGACUCAGGCUGCAGGCCCAGGAUUGUGGACAGGGUUAAACAAUUUAGAUGACUCAAGUGGAUGGCACUGGAUCAACAGGCAGCCAUUACGUUAUUUAAACUGGCUCAAAGGCCAACCAUCCUCACAACCAGGUCAUACCUGUGGGGUGAUAAGUCAGCAGCAUGAUUCCAAAUGGUCAGCUGAUGAUUGUUCUGCGAGACAUGGGUAUAUCUGCCAAAAAAGUCGCUACACUCCCACUAUUCCACCAAUGGUACGCACAGGAUCUUGCCCCAGUCCAUGGAUACCUUACUCAGGUCACUGCUACUAUCUUAAUCGUGCCAAAAAAACAUGGAUGGAAGCAAAAGAUACCUGUCGACGUGAUGGUGGAGACCUGCUGAGCAUUCUCAAUGUAGAGGAGCAAAGCUUUGCCAUCUCACAACUUGGAUACUUAAAGACGGAUGAGUUGUGGAUUGGCUUGAAUGACCUCAAGACUGCGAUGUAUUUUGAGUGGAGUGACCAUUCCAACGUGCCAUUUGUCUCAUGGGAGAAGAAUGAACCAAGCCAUAAUGCUGACAAUAAAGAGGACUGUGUUUUAAUAAGAGGAGAGGAGGGCAAAUGGGCUGAUGCAAUCUGUAAAGACAAGCAUGGAUUCAUCUGUAAGAAAGAUGCAAAUUCAAGUCCAUCCACUAAUGAUACAGUUAUCACAAAUCAUGGCUGUAAGCCUGGCUGGAUCAGAUAUGGGUACUACUGCUACUUUGUAGGAACAGAAACUAAAACAUUUGAAGAGGCUAAACAGACAUGUGUGAAAACUGAUUCUUAUUUGGUUGAUAUCACAAGCAGAGUUGAAAAUGCUUUCCUGACCAGCAUGGUAGGAAUGCGACCAGAGAAGCACUUCUGGAUUGGACUCUCUAAUAUCAAGGAUCGGCACACGUUUGAGUGGACUACCACCAGAAAGGUUUCGUACACUCACUUCAAUGCUGGAAUGCCAGGGGGAAAACAAGGGUGCGUUGCCUUUGCCACGGGAACACUUGCUGGAUUAUGGGACGUACUAAGCUGUACUAAUAAGGAAAAAUAUAUCUGUAAACGGAUGGCUGAGGAUGUUAUCACUACUGCGGCCCCUGCAACUACCCCUGCUCCCAACUGCAGCCAAGAUUGGUAUCCACUUUUAAACAGAGACUUCUGUUUGAAGUUAUUUAAUGUGCCAAGUGAACAACAGAAGUCUUGGUCUGAAGCACUCAGCUUCUGCCGGGAACUUGGGGGUGAUCUGCUGAGUAUCCAUGGUCCCUUGGAUUUGCACCUGAUUCCAAAUGUCUACACUCGUGGAGCAUGGAUUGGAUACAGUAUCCAAGAUCCCUCUGUUGGUUAUGUAUGGAGUGAUGGAUCCUCUACAUCUUACGAAAACUGGCAAGAGGAUGAACCAAACAAUUACAACAAUGUGGAAAACUGUGUUGAAAUGACGUUUUGGUGGUGGAGAAAAAACGGAGAAUGGAAUGACGUGCACUGUGAAGACAGAAAGGACUGGUUUUGUCAAAUUCGAAAAGGAGUUACACCAAAUGAAGUGGAAAUUAUUUCUCAAACAUAUAAUAAAACAGAUGAUGGCUGGGUUAUAUACAAUGAUAAUCAGUAUUAUAUCAGUAAAUACAUGUAUUACUCUAUGGAAGCAGCAAAAUCGUUCUGUAAGCAAAGACAUGGAGAACUUGUGUCCAUUAAUGAUGAUAAAGAAAGACUGUUUCUGUGGCAUCAGGCAAAUAUACGUCAAGAUUAUUAUAUUGGCAUGACAGUUGAUCUGGAUAAGUCUUUCACGUGGAUGGAUGGGUCUCCAGUAGUAUUCGAGGCAUGGCAAAAGAACCAGCCCGCUGUUCUGAACAGUGAGGAGCAUUGUGUAACCAUGACUUAUUCUCAAGGGCUUUGGGAGAGUACAAAUUGUGGUGAACAACAAAAUUUUAUCUGUAAACGAAGUGGCUCUGUCGAAGUCAAUUCCACUGCUGCUCCCACUAAGCCACCCAAAGGAGGCUGUGCUCCAGACUGGGUGAAGUUUCAGUCAAAGUGUUACAAAGUGGGACUGGAGCAGAAAACAUGGACUGAAGCCAGAUCAUACUGUAGACAACUUGGAGGAGAUCUAGCUUCUGUUACUAACAGACUUCAGCAAGCAUUUGUAACCUUACUGAUGGGUGGUGAUAACCCUGAAGAGUUAUGGAUUGGCUUCAGUAACUUGGCAAACAAAGGAUUUAAAUGGACAGAUGGAAGUACCCUCAGAUAUACAAACUGGGCCAAAGGACAACCAAGAGAAUAUAUGUGGAUGUGGGACAAUCAGGAACCAUCUUGUGUUGUACUGGGAAGCACGCAAAAAACUGAGAUAGGCAAAUGGGUAACAAAAGACUGUAAUGACACCAGUGGAUUUAUUUGCACUCGUGCUUUUGAUCACUUUAUUGAACCUAGCCCAACAAAGACACCCACAACUUACAAGCUUGGAAAUGAUUCUUACAUGGUCUUGCAGAAAAACUUGACCUGGAGUGAAGCAAAGCAUGAGUGUGAGUUAAAGGGUGCAACUUUGGCUAGUAUUCGGGACUUGCGUGCUCAAGCUUACAUUGAGCUGCAGACCUCAAAAUAUGAACAGCCCUUAUGGAUUGGCCUUAACAGCAAAGAGACAGAUGAAUACUUUAUGUGGAUUGAUAAAUGGCAGCUGAAUAUGGAAAAUUGGAGCUACGGUGAACCAAAAAGUAACCGCACCUGUGUUUAUGUGAAUGUGGACGGAAAAUGGAAAACUGCCUACUGCAAUCAAAACUUCUACAGCAUAUGUAAAAAGUCAACAGACAUUGCUCCAACUCCACCAGUGCAGUUCCCUGGGGUGUGCCCUGAAAUAGAGGAUGCUGACCCAAAGAUGAUUUGGUUGCCUUUUAGAGGGCACUGCUAUGCAUUUGUGACACAAAGCGUGUCAUGGAGCAGGGCCUCUCAGCUCUGUUUGGCAAGAGGGGCCUCUCUUGCCAGCAUUGAAGAUACAAAAGAAGAAAAUUUUAUACAGCAGUACAUCAGCUUUCUUGGAAAUGAUCAUGGCAUGUUCUCAAUAGGCCUCUUUAAGACAUAUACAGAACACUGGCUGUGGCUGGACAGAAGUGUUGUGGAUUACACUAAUUGGGAAGAAGCUACAGAAGAUUACUAUGAGGGUGACUGUGCAUUUAUUUCCAGUGAAACUAAAAAAUGGAGAAAACGUCACUGUGUGUAUGAGAGUGCAGCAUAUAUCUGCAAAACACUCAAGGUUCCAAGGCCAACCACUUCAAGUACUACAGCUGAGGUUGUAAAGCAAAAGACCCUCGCUGGUGUGGCUGUGGUUGUGGUGAUUGCAGUGCUGUUUGUGCUGGCUGGAUUGGCUUAUAUCUACCAAAGAUGGACCAAAAACCGGGCUGCUAUACCUUCAUACGAGAACCCAAUGUAUUACACUACAGAAGCCCCCUGUACAGAGGACAAAGAUACCAAAACAUUAGUUGACCACAUGGAAAAUAAUGAAUAAGUUUCAUAAACAUCGUUUUGUAAAUAGUUCUUUCUUGUAUUAAUCAUUUUAUUCUUUACAUUACACAUUAACUAACGUGAAUGUUCCACAUUUGGGGUAUUAAGUGAGUGGUUUUGAAAUUAUAUCACUGCUUUGGGGCACAAAUGUUUAUCAGAAACUGGAAACAGGUGUUUUGGGUACAAUCUAGAGUAGCUUUGUUCUUCAAAUACCUGUUUGUCUUAAAUUAAAUAAACGAAUAUCACAGAUUCAUAGAGAUUAGUCUGCAUGUAAGUUCUUACAGGUUUAUAAAGCUGUGUUUUUUUUAAUGUAUUCUUUUUUCCUAUUUUGUAGCUGGUGAAGCAGUUUGGCUGCAUACGUUUAUGUAUCACUGAUCAUGUAUUUUUAUUAUUAUUAUUAUUAAAAGGUUAUUUAAAGUUAUAA